AGCUAAAGCGUCCAGCUGCUCUCAGUUCGAGUUUCUUCAAAAGCAGCGGACCGAGACUUUGGAGAUGAUUUGGUAGAAUUUGAAGCACAAGAGGCUGAUAAAAGGAGUUCUUUUGGUGAUGGGGAGGAAGAAGAUCCAGAUCACCCGGAUUAUAGAUGAGAGGAACCGACAGGUGACUUUCAUGAAGAGGAAGUUUGGUCUGAUGAAGAAGGCCUAUGAGUUGAGUGUCCUGUGUGACUGUGAAAUCGCACUAAUUAUCUUCAACAAUUCCAACAAGCUGUUUCAGUAUGCCAGUACUGACAUGGAUAAAGUCCUGCUGAAAUACACAGAGUAUAACGAACCCCACGAAAGCAGGACAAACUUUGACAUUGUGGAGGCCCUCAACAAGAAGGACCACAGAGUCUGUGAGAGCCUCGACACUGAGGCCUCCUACGUGCUCACCCCGAGUGUGGCGGAAAAAUACAAGAAAACUGACGAGGAGUUUGACAAUGUGACAACGGAUAAUAAACUCCCAGCACGCCUUUCACAGCAACUCCUGCAUGUAAAUCCAGGUAGUAUGGCCUGUGGCUCCAUUGCAGGAGGAGGAGUUAUGACGUCCCAGGUUUUAACUGUAGCCACAACAGCUCUGAAGGACAGCAGGAUCCUUUCAUCGCCGUGCACAAACCUGCACAGGAACAUCAACUCGCCUCAAAAACCUCCCAACACAGUCAACGGUUUUGUAAAUUCACCCGAUAGAAGCAACAUGGGAAAGAUCAUCAAAUCCAAAUCAACUCCUUCUCUUACUGUUCCACCAAUGAGCCACAAGACCGAUCUCAGAGUGGUGAUUCCCCACGCCAUACAAGUCACACAGAUACUGAUGCCAAGCAGCAGUCAGCCCACUCAGCCUUUGUGCACGUCGAAGGUCUCCAUCGCCUCAGCUGGCCUGCCAAACCACAGUCCGAUGUACUCCAACAUCACCUCUGCCUACAACGUCUGUCUCUGUGUUGCUUUACGGGGACUCUGUGUUCCCUCCUCUGGCCUGCCCAUCUUAUCCUCGGCAGCUGCUGUGUCUCACCUGCAGCCAAUCUGCAGUCAAGCCUCUGCGGGAUGUAAUCACAGCUCAGACAUCCAGACGCUGUCAGAUCUUUCAGUCUCCAUUGUGCGGAGCCGUUGCUGGACACACCAAACGCCGGUCACACAGACAUGGAACACCACAGAUUACACCCUGAGCAGUCCGGAGCUGUUGGGCUUCAGUUCUCCUGUCGGUGUGGCCUCCGUGGCAACGUUUCACCAGCUGGCCUCACUGAAUGCUGGAAGCUCCAACAUGUCUGCUGACGUCAACAGCAGCAUCCACAUUAAAUCCGAGCCAACCUCACAGACACGCGACCACCUCAGCCAGUCAGGCUGCCCGACUCCUCAUCCUCACUCCUCUCUCCCUUUAGCCACAAAAGUCAACACGGGAAGAUCUCCCGCAGGCAGCCUCAGCUCCUCCUGCAACUCCCACGAGGGUGGGAGAAAUCAGGAGGAGUGGCAGCGGCCAGACGUCCGCUCGGAUCCCGUAGCUGGCAUCAGUAGGUCAGAGGUCAACCAGAGUCCCAUUUUUAAACGAAGGCGAUUAGACAGCUGGGUGACAUAAGACGUCUGGUCACGUGACGACACAUAUAGAUGUCAUGGGUGUGUACUUGUUAGUUUUAUCUUUGUUUUUGACUCCGUGUUGACAGAAGGAUUGAAAUUUCCCGUGUUCUCUGAUACAAGCAGCCAACAGGAGAAUUGGGAAAAUGACAGAAUGAUGUCAGAGUCACAGCUCGGUGUUGCUCGCCACUGUCUGGGUGUCACCGAUAACAGAUCUUCUCAGUGUAUGACGUGCGGAGUCCAGUCUGCAAGCAAAGUUCCCUCAACAUCAUCCCUGUCUGCCAAGCCACAGUGCUGUUUUUUAAUUAUGUGUGUGUGUUUUGUAUUGUGUACAAACUGGAAG